UAAGAAGGCUGCAACCUCACCGUCCCUCUGAUUGGCUCAGGGGCUUUCAUGUGUCACUCUGAUUGGCCAAAGGGCCUCACGCCCUCUCCCCCUCCAUCCCGAGGACGAUUGGGUCAUACCAUCAACAGUGGAGGGGCUAAAACGUAUAUUCCAGGGCUUCCCUUGUCCUGCAUUGCACAGUGGUCUCCUUAAUGGCCACAUAGAAAAGUUUUAUUAACAGGAGGUAUAGGUAUAUAGAAAGGGGUUUCGGCUGGUCCCUAGCUCGUAGAACAGUGGGGGUGCUCUGAUCCCCUUUCUCUCCUGGGUAGUGCGGUCCCAGCGGGGCGGGAUCUUGCUGUCUUGCUCUGCCUGGUCUUAAGCUCCCACUAAGAGCCGCGCUGCUAGCCCGAGAUGCUGCUGCCGCCGCCCGCGCUUCGCCGCGCCCUGUUGGCCCGCCCCUGGAGGGAGGCCAGGCUGCGGUGGAAGCACGUCUCCUCCCUGAAGGUGGCCAAUGAGCCCGUCUUGGCAUUCACUCAGGGCAGCCCCGAGCGAGAUGCACUGCAAAAGGCCUUGAAGGACCUCAAGGGCUGGACGGAAGCCAUCCCGUGUGUGGUGGGGGACGAGGAGGUCUGGACCUCAAACAUACAGUACCAGGUGUCGGUGUCCUGUAGGUCCUGCUGCUGGUUCAGCAGCCAGAGGGCCCAACACCUGGAGCCACCGGAGCACUGCCUGGAGUUUGCAGGCCUCACCAACCUGGCUCCUCAGGCCUGCGUGAGACACCUGUGGAAGCAGGUAGCCCAGAAUCUGGACCGGUUCCGGACCUUCCCACGCCUGGCGGGAGAGUGUGGUGGGAAGAACUUCCACUUUGUCCACUGCUCGGCUGACGUGGACAGCGUGGUGAGCGGGACCCUGCGCUCGGCCUUCGAGUAUGGCGGCCAGAAGUGUUCUGCCUGCUCCCGCCUGUAUGUGCCGAGCUCGCUGUGGCCGCGGAUCAAAGGGCGGCUGCUGGAGGAGCACAGCAGGAUCAAAGUGGGCGACCCUGCAGCGGAUUUUGGGACCUUCUUCUCUGCAGUGAUUGAUGCCAAGUCCUUUGGCCGCAUCAAGAAGUGGCUAGAGCACGCCCGUUCCUCGCCCAGCCUCACCAUCCUGGCUGGGGGCAAGUGUGAUGACUCUGUGGGCUACUUUGUGGAACCCUGCAUUGUCGAGAGCAAGGACCCUCAGGAGCCCAUCAUGAAGGAGGAGAUCUUCGGGCCUGUGCUCACCGUGUAUGUCUACCCGGAUGAUAAGUACAAGGAGACGCUCCAGCUGGUCGACAGCACCACCACCUACGGCCUCACGGGGGCAGUGUUCGCCCAGGAUAAGGACAUUGUCCACGAGGCCACAAAGAUGCUGAGGAAUGCUGCCGGCAACUUCUAUAUCAACGACAAGUCCACUGGCUCGGUGGUCGGCCAGCAGCCCUUUGGGGGGGCCCGAGCCUCUGGCACCAAUGACAAGCCUGGGGGGCCACACUACAUCCUGCGCUGGACGUCGCCCCAGGUCAUCAAGGAGACCCACCAGCCUCUGGGAGACUGGCGCUACUCAUACAUGCAGUGA